AUGGACAGCAACACCACAUCUUGGAGUGUUGCUCCGACCCCUCUGGUCACCGAAGUCCCUGUGGCGCCUACUAUUUUUCCACGGGUGGGCUACAGUAUCAUCUCGUAUAUCAUGUUCAUCAACACAAUAUUCUCCGUCUUUAACAAUAGCAUUGUGAUAACUGUCAUGUUGAAGAAUCCAAGUUUGAUCAACGCCAUGAAUAUGAUCAUCUUGAGCCUUGCUGUGUCUGAUUUAAUGAUUGCCUUGUGUGGAUCCUUAAUUGUCACCAUCACCAACUAUCAUGGGUCUUUCUUUCUUGGAGAAAAGGUCUGCACUUUUCAAGGAUUUGCUGUUAACUAUUUUGGGUUAGUGUCUCUCAACACCCUAACAUUGCUGGCAUAUGAAAGGUACAUCGUGGUAUGUAGGCCCAUGGCUGGCUUCAAGCUGAACGUGCGGAGGAGCCGUUAUGGAUUACUCUUCGUCUGGCUCUUCUGCCUGUUCUGGGCCGUGGCCCCUCUGCUGGGCUGGAGCUCCUAUGGGCCUGAGGGGGUUCAGACCUCCUGCUCCCUGGGCUGGGAGGAGCGCUCCUGGAGCAACUACAGCUACCUCAUCUUCUACACCAUCCUCUGCUUCAUCCUGCCGGUCAUCAUUAUCAUUUACUGCUAUAGCAAGGUCCUGGCCUACAUGACGAAGCUGAAUAGGAGUGUGGAGCUCCAGGGAGGACAGAUGUGUCUAGAGGAGAACGAGAAGGCUGUCCGUAUGGUGACGUUCAUGAUUGUUGCCUUCUUCAUCUGCUGGCUGCCCUACACUGCCCUGUCUGUGGUGGUCGUGGUGAAUCCAGAGCUCCAAAUCCCACCACUUGUGGCGACCAUGCCCAUGUACUUUGCAAAGACCAGUCCUGUGUACAACCCUAUCAUCUACUUCCUGAGCAACAAACAGUUUCGGGAGGCUACUCUGGAGGCACUAUCAUGUGGGCAGUACAUCCCCCGUGGUCCUGCCAUCAAAGGAAGUGGUAUGAUCUCCAUGAGCAGAAUGAACCAAGGGGCCAGCCCAAACAGCAAGGUGCUGCCUAUGUGA